UAUGAUUACGUCAUGGCGGACUCGUUUGAAAUACGGAAGACCCGGACGUUCUGGAAAGUAAAAUACAGCAACUCUAAACGAACUUUAUCAUCUUGUUUUAUUAAAAAAAAAAAAAAUUAAGGGAAACUACAAAGUCUGGUAAUUUUUCUUUUACUUACAUUUGCACUUUUUUCUCUUCCAAGGUUAGCUUGUAGUAACAGCUCGGAGUACCAGUUGCGAUGUUGUUGUGUUAUUGUUGUUGUUAGCAGCGGUAGCUAACAGAGGUCCAGUUCCAGAUAAACUGUCAUUUUUGUAGCUUAUAUGAGCACCAAAGAUCCCCCUUGUAUGCCGAAUGGUCUAGAGGAAUCCCAAGAAACUGUAAUAUUUUAGUUUAGGUAGAUAGUGGCCAUGUGUCAUAUUAUUGACCGUCUAGAAAGUGUAAAUGGAAACAUUUUAAAGGUAGUUCGCUGCAGCAUUGACGCCACUUGGUGUGUUUGUUCAGUGUUGCGGUAUUGAACUGCUUAAUUGAGUUAUUUGUUGGUUUGCUUGGAAUAUCCUCAAGAUAUCGAAGUUAGGUUAGUGAUUUCAGGGAGCAAACUGUGUACCGAUUUUUCUACAAUAACCACAAGAAUACACAGUGGUAAUUAAUUACCUGUUGAUAUGGUGAUUAUUGAUUAAAAAUGCUUAAAGUCGUUACUUUUUCAGAGAAGCGGAGAAUAAGGCCUAAAACAUUUAACUCUUGAUACUAACCUGUGACUCUUGUUCUGUCUCCUGCAGCAGCAUCAAACGAUGGAACAGGUGAGUCAACAGGAAAGUUAUCAGAGGUCUGUAUGUGGAUAAGGUGGGUGCUGUAGUAUAUACGGUGGCCCUGAGGUGCAAAACACAACAACAAAUCAGAAAACAAACAACAUUAACCAUUGUGUUUUGUCUUUUUGUGUUGUGUUUUCUCUUUUGCCGUUGUGUUUUCUGUUUUGUUUUUGUAUUUUCUGAUUUGCCGUUGUUUUUUCUCUUUUUGGGUUUUCUCUUUUUGCAUCGUGUUUUCUCUUUUUGCAUUAUGUUUUCACGUUUUGUGUUUUCUCUUUUUUCGUUGUUUUUAUUUGCCGUUGUGUUUUCUCUUUUUGUGUUUUCUCUUUCUUCGUUGUUAUAUGAUUUGCCGUUGUGUUUUCUCUUUUUGUGUUUUCUCUUUUUAUGUAGUGUUUUCUGAUUUGCCACUGUGUUUCUCUUUUCGCGUUGUGUUUUCUCUUUUUUUGUUUUUCGUUGUUUUCUGAUUUGCCAUUGUGUUUUCUCUUUUUAUGUAGUGUUUUCUCUUUUUGUGUUUUCUCUUUUUGUAUUGUGUUUUCUGAUUUGCCAUAGUGUUUUCUCUUUUUGUGCUGUGUUUUUUCUUUUUGUGUUUUUUUUUGCGUUAUGUUUUCUCCUUUUGUGUUUCUCUUUUUUCGUUGUGUUUUCUGAUUUGCCGUUGUGUUUUCUCUUUUUGUGUUUUAUUUUUUAUGUAGUGCUUUCUCCUUUUGUGUUUUCUCUUUUUGUGUUGUGUUUUCUGAUUUGCCAUUGUGUUUUCUCUUUUUGCGCUGUGUUUCUCUUUUUGUGUUUUCUUUUUUUUGCGUUAUGUUCCCUCUUUUUGUGUUUUCUCUCUUUUUUUCUGAUUUGCCUUUGUGUUUUCUCCUUUUGUGUUUUCUCUUAUUUUCCCCCCUUUUUGGUUGUGUUUUCUCAUUUGCCAUUGUGUUUUCCCUAUUUGUUUUUUCUCUAUUUGUGUUGUGUUUUCUGAUUUGCCGUCAUGUUUUUCUUUUUUUGUAGUGUUUUCUCUUUUUGUAUUUUCUCUUUUUUUUAUGUUUCCGUAUUUGCCGUUGUGUUUUCUCUUUUUUUGUUGUUUUCUCAUUUGCCAUUGUGUGUUUUCUUUUUUCGUUGUGAUUUUUUAUUUGCUGUUGUGUUUUCUCUUUUUUCUUUGUGUUUUAUGAUUUGCCGGUGUGUUUUGCACCUGAGGGCCACUGUAAGUAUUGCUGCAGAAACCUGAUCACCAGUCUCACCUCAGUGAAAACAGGCACUCAGCUGUGGCAGUUGUUACACUGAUGCUUGUGCAGGACAAAGUUAGAGAUGGAUAACAGGACAACUCAUCUUCAACAAGCCAAAAAUAAGACAUUUGUAUAUUUGUGGACUUUCGGGCAGUUUCAGGUGGAGCCCACCUUGCUCUGGGAUGUUUUUAUACUGAUUUUAAAUAUUUUCAAAACUCUUUUUUUGUGUUUUCUCACCGAUGAUUUCUGUGUGUGUUACAGCAGGAGCAGGUAGAGUGGGAUGAAGUGAACAAACUCCUGCAGCAUCAUGGAUUUAAGCCAGUGUAUUUCGCAGAUCCAGUGGAGAACAAGAGCCUCAAUGGUAGGAAUUGAUAUUUUUCAGUCUAUUUGGACAGAUUGCAGUUGUGUUUUUUCAGGAAAAACUUUUGCACUUGCAGAAAACAUGCAACAUUUUACAGAAAGUUAAAAGCUUCUGUUGCUUCAGUAUUAAACAUUAACCCAAAGCUUUUACAGAAAAAAAAAACAGUUUGCAAACCCUGUCUUUUGCACAAACUAACAGUUUGAAAACUGAAACAGCCCUUUUUUUUCAGUAUAUUUUGUGUGCUUUUUGUAGUACUUUAACUAUUUCUUUAUUGUAUAAUCUACACCCACCUCUUUUUAAUUGUCUUAUACUUGUCCUUGACAUUUUCUUGCGCUUGUAAUGAACUUUUUAAAGCCUCCUGUGUGCUGCAUUUUUGAUUUAAAUGUGGUCUUCUCACCUUAGACCUGGUUCUGUUGGACAAGAAGUCUGCUGUUGAGAUCAGACAGACUCUGAAGACAAUGCUCACAGACUCAGAGAGGCGACAGACACUCAUUCAGGAGCUCAUCAAGACCAACAACCUGCUUAAGUAAGAAGAUACAGCAUCAGUGUGUUUAUCCCCAUAAAACUGAGAACCAUCAUCCUGUUCCUUUAGUUAUAAUAUAAUUAAAUAAUAAUUAACCAAAAUAAAUUCAAAGGUUUUUUUUUUUUUAUUAUAUCAAGAAAAAAGGGACACUAGGAUAUAAAGGUGCAAUUGUGCAUCAGUUAGUCAGUUAGUGAAUUUGUCAGCAGCUGAAGUGUGAACAUGCCUGCAGUGUCUGUAACACUGUGUGGCUGCUAUAUGUUGGCAUCUCUUUAAUAAUGCAUAUACCGAGUGUGGACCACCUGUCCUCCUGAUCUCAUCAGUGUCAGAUGAGUAUCACAGAGAUACACCUGAGUGCAGGUAUGAAGAGACAGCCUGAGGGAGUGACGAGAGAGAAACCAGCUGACUGUAGCUCUACUGAUCGUGUUUCUUCUGUUGUUAUCAGCCUCAGAUGGGCUUUGAUGGAUGUGACAUAAUUCUCAGACAUUUAAUCAGUCAGUCUUUAUUUAUAUAACACUUUUCAUAUACAACAUGUAGCACAAAGUGCUUUACACAGAAAAAGGAAUAAAAGAAACAAAGGAUACCCAAGUCUACCCCAGCCCAACCCCUCAUUCCCACCCCACAAUCUAAUUGCAACAGAAACAGAAUUAAAAUGCAUAAACUUAAAAACAGGAAUGUGGAAUGUGUGCACUGAGGAAACGUCAUUAUAAAACUCAAGAUAAGGAAACACUGGAGGUUUAGGUUAAAAUCUAAAAACAAAUAAAGGCAAUGAAAUUUAAGAAAUAAUAAAUAAAAUUAAAUAAAAACAACAGUAAAAGAUACUAAAAUAAGAGCACCAAAAUAGCUGAAUAAAAGACGAGCCUGUGAUUUAAACUAGAAUAUUUAAUUGCUAAAACACUUGAACAAAGUUAAUGAUAUAAAAUUUAGUUAAAAGCAAGACUAAAAAGGUAUGUUUUCAGUUUACUUUCAAAAUCAUUAAGAUUAGGUGCACUCCUCAGGUCUUCAGGUAAGCUGUGCCUCCUGAUGACAUUCCCUAAAGGUAACAUACAAAGAUUAAAAAGAAUAGGGCCUAAAAUGGAACCUUGGGGAACACCAUACUUCAUGUCAAAACAUUUCGAUGAGUGAUCCCCAAGGUUCACGUAAAAUUGUCUAUCACUAAGAUAAGAUUCAAACCAGUUAAAAACAGUGCCAGAGAUGCCAUAAAAUUACGUGAUGGUAGCUUCUUAUCCAUGUUGGACCUGAAGUCAUUUAAAUUUUAACUAGAGCAGUCUCUGUACUGUGAUUUUUCCUAAAACCAGGUUGAUGAAUUUCAUAAAUAUUUCUGUGAUUGAUAAAAUCAUUUAACUGGUUUAAAGCUAUCUUUUCUAAAAUUUUACUUAAAAAUGGCAAAUUGGAUACAGUUGUCAGGUACUGAUGCAUCCAAAUUUCUUCUCUUCAGAAUAGGUUUAAAAGUAGAAGUUUUAAAAGCAGAAGGGAAUACACCUGUCUGAAGAGAGUAGUUUAAAAUGGUAAGAAAAUCAUGCUUGAAAAAGUCAUAAAAGCUUUUAAAAGGGAUGCUGGGAUGGGGUCCAAAAGACAGGUAGUUGGUUUGAGUUGUUUCAAAGCUUUACUUUAAAGAGUAUGAUUUUGUGUUCAAAGACCCCCAAAUUUUAAAAGCAAAAACUAAGCCCAAAGUUGACUAAUUGAGUAUCUUUUAAUCCUGCAUCCUUAAUCAUUUAAUCCCAUUGCAUGAAAUAUCUUCCAAACUUUAACCAGAUAAACUCGCUCCUCCUCCACUCUUAGAGGAGUAAACCAUUUCUCACUGCGUUGAUUUCCAGGGACGACAUUCAGGUACACAUAAGCCGGUCAGCUCAGCAGUCUCAGAGGAUCUCAGAGCUGGAAGGGCUGCUAGAUGUGGUAAAGACCAGAGUCCAGGACCUAGAGGACCGCUGCAUCGGGAAGGCCGUCCAGCAGCAGAGCCACCGACAACAGCUGCAGGAGGAGAAACUGGAGGCGCAGGUCUGUCCAAAGAUAUCUACUCCGACAGAAAGGAUGCAUCAGGUUUUUUAUGCAUGUGGAUGAAGGAUGAUGGUUAUUUAAGGCUUGAGAACAAAUCCAUCUGCAGACAAAUCAACAUUAAUAUCAUCCUCUUUCCAGAUACAGAGUCAGGUUCUAGAGCAAAAGCUGACUAAGCAGAGGGUUGAAACAGCUCAGCUCCAGAAGAAACUUUAUUUCGCCAUCAAAGAAGAAGAGCGACGAUUGGCCCGACAGAAUCAGACCUUCCAGCUUGUCUGCAACAAAAUCAGCCAGCAGGAGUCUCUGACAGAGCAGCAGUACGAACAGAACUGUUUUUAUCAAACUAUUUAACUUCACGUUAAGUCACAAAAAAAAUAUUAAGCAUAUCCUUAUUUGCACAAAAAUGUGGGAAUUAUAGUUUAUAAAGAUAUUGACUGUUUUGUGCAGAAUUAUGGGAUUCUUAGAGGUGUGUGUUUCAAAAAUCCAGCAUAUAAAAUGUUAACUUUCCUACAAUUUAAACAUGAUGGUUUAACUAAACACGAGUUAUUUUUUUCCUGUCUUUUGUAUGCAGAGUUUUGGAUGUAAUCGACUUUUAUGAGACUAAGAUGAGUCAGCUGCAGGACGAGCUCAGGUAUCCCUUCAAACUUACACAUCAGAUAUAAUUUUUAGUACAUUUUUUACAACAUUUUUAGUAGCUGAUUACUGAGUUUUGCUUUCUUCAUAGGUGUGCCAAAGAAGGACCAGAGGCUACCAGUGAUAACAAAAUCAAAAAAGCACCGGGUCAUGUGUCUAAACCUUUUAAAACUGUCCUGAAGGUAAACCCAGAGCUGGUUAUUUUCCCAUUACUCUGCCACUAAAGCAGUCGGUGAUACUUUUGUAUUACCUUACAGGCGUAUCAGGAGCAGCAGAGAGCGAGCAAAACUCAAAUCCAGGAGCUAAAAAAGGAGGUGGAGAGACUCAAACAAGAACUGGAGGCACGGUGAGUUUGGAGUUAUAGGCUAUGUUCACACUGCAGGUCAAUUCCGAUCUUGUAACCAUAUGUGACACAUUUUUUUUCAUGUAAGUGUGAACAGUGCAAUUCUGAUUUUUUCAAAUCCGACCCAGGCCUCUUUUGUAUGUGGAUAUAAAUCAGAUAUGUAUCUGAUGUGACUGCAGUGUGGACGCUCAGGUAGCGUUCAUCCGACCUAUAUGUCAUCAAUAUGCGGCAAACGUCACCAUUGUUCAACAACAAAAACAGGCGUGGAAAGCAGUUUGUGCAUUGUGCGCAUGCAGGGUCACUUCACGGACGCAUUCACAUUAGAUGGCGUAUUCGCCGUUGUAAUGUGAAUGACUGCACAAAAAGAUCAGAUUUAACAAAAAAUCUGAAUUGUGCAUCAUAACCUACAGUAUGAACGUAGCCUUAAGGUCCUUACACACCGGGGCCAACACGAAUAUAGAAUGCAAAAGUACAAAAUAUUCUGAGGCAAAUUUUGACGCUCCUGGCUGUACACAUCAAGCCCGAUGCGAUUUUGCGACUUUUCGGGGGGAAAACACGCAUCCCGGGGAAGACUUUUCCGGGGGAAAGUCCUGCCUCUUUCACCUCUGAUUGGCUAGAAAAGCUGGAAAUGUCAUCACACGCUCAAGCCAAAUGGUCAGCACUUAUAGCCAAUCAGAGGCGAUAAGAUAAGCACAUGAAACUAUGGUAACAACCGUUAGCUUACGUUAGCACAGAUGAAAGUUAAAACACAGACGUUUAGCAAACUGUUAAAGCACACAAACCAUCGUCAAAUGAGAGAUUCGACGCUAUGACUCUCCAAACAUUGUCCUUCAGGUCGUUAUCUUUGUAAUGUUUGUGUCUUUUAUCAAAAAGCACUCUGUUCUCCGACAUGUAAACAAUCAGCCGGUCGGCCAUGUUGGAUAUACCGGUGAAUGUGACGUUGCAACAACACACAAUCUUAUUAGUCAGAAAUGGACACAGUAUGCAAAACUUUAGAAAAAUCGACCGUGAUCCGAAAAAAUAAAUGCCACAAUAUCGCAGAACGGGAAAACGUUGCUGAUGUGAAUGCUUGUAUUGACAGGAUUCGGGUUUGAAAUAAAAUAUUGAGGUCCGAAAUAAUCGCACGAAAAAAACAGUUCCGGUGUGUAAGGACCUUUAGUCUCUGGUGUUAUUGAAGAAAGCCUGUUUAACAUCAUCCACUGGUAUAGAGGCGAGUUCUCUCUAAAUUUAACCUGCACAGUUGUCAUGAAUAAAGUAAAGAACUUUAUAGAGAUCCAGGGUCUCCAUCGGGCCUAACUUAUUGCAAAAGACACCCUCUAGUGUACAGGAGAGGAACUGCAUUUUUUGCACUCAAGCUUCGACUUGAUUUCAUGAACAAAAAGUGAGUCAUCAGUGAGUCAGCACAACAGAACGCAUACAUUACAAUCAUCAUUUACUGUUGGAUUAUGACAUAAUCAGAUUUAUGAAUAUCACAGGAUCCAGUAUAGACCCCUGUGGAACACCAUUUAGACUUUGGCAUCAUGUUUUACUGUUAAAAGCUUAAAAAAAACCUUUGUAUUUUAAAACAUAAUGUUAAAUAUGUCUGUUACCAAAAAAUGGUUUUGUGCAGAGACACCUGAUGUUUGCAUCUAUAAGGUCAUUUUAUUGAUUUCUUUGACUGAGUUAAACCUGUUUGAAGCGCUAGCUUUUCCUGCAGCUCCCAUGAACACAUGCUGGGAAAACCCAAAGCUUUUUUUUGUUCCAGGCUAAACAACUUCUUUAUUUCUGGUGCAAAGUUGGACACUUUAACAUUGAGCUCUAUGAGGACUGACUCCCUUUGGGACACGGCCCCUAGUGGACAUUGGAGGAACUGCAGCUUUUGGCACUUUAGUGUUUACUCAGUGUUCAUGCCGACUCUGUUUCUCUGUGCAGACCAACUCUUAAAGACGUGAAGUUUUACAAACACAAACUCCGGCAAUUGGAGAUUUUACACAAACACAACAACUCAAGGUACGACACGUGGUGCAUUCAGGUGCUGUUUUGUAAUCAUGUCAAGAUUCUGUUUGAUUUGAUAAAUUCUUUGCAGGUUGCCUAAAGAUGACAGCAGGCCUGAGAUCAGCCGGGACAUGAGCGACAAGUUUUUGAAAUAUCAGAAGGUCUGCGUGGUUUUAUCUUUAUCGCGUUCAGUGUAUGAUGUUUCUGGAAUCUGCUUUUCACAACAGAGAUAAUAAAAAUAAAAACUUUUUCCUUUUUCCCGAUUUGUAGUUGUUGGGUGACAUCAGAUCUGUUCUGAACCAUCCCAGAGCUCCAUUACAGCUGCACAGACAGAAACCCUCUUCUGCAGGUUUGGAGUUGGGUGAGUUUCAGACUCUGCUUCCUACACUGGAGGUCUGGGCUCGGCAGCUCUACCUGCUGAAGGUAAAAACACCUGCACAAACACUUCAGCAGAGAGGGUGAGGGGAAGUGAUAAGGGGCUUAAAGUAAAGGAUAAACAGACAUAUAAACACAAACAUAUUCCCUAGUUUCACCUUCAAGGCUCGGUUCUGGGUGUGCAGGAAUUAUCUGACAGGGUUGUUUGUGCUUGCAGGAUCUGCAGCAGGGUUUGGACAAACUGAGUGUCAGACUGACACCUUGGCAGAUGUCUGAUGGAGGUCACAGCACUGCAGAGACGGUGAAGGUGGAGGACAUGAUGCUGCAGGUGGAUGUCAUGCUGGAAAACACCUCUGCUGAGGAUGAAAAGGUAUGACUCUGAACUGAUUUCAGCCUCAUGUUAGAGGUCUCUUACUGCCGUGAUGGGCUGCCACUCAUGCAUUAAAGAAAUGUUUGUGUGCCUAAAAUUCUUGUUUUUUUUCCUCUAAAUGUGGGUGUUGUUGGAUCUUCAGGUCCUCAGGAGUCCAACUCGGUUCACUUUGGGCUCCAUGGUGUCGCAUUUCCAGAAACUGUUCGAUGUGACCUCCCUCAGCGGAGUUUAUCCCCGGAUGACAGAGGUCUACACUCGGCUGGGAGUAAUGACCAAUGCUAUGAGGAACCUUAGGGAUGUUCUGGAGCUAGGUGAACUCUAAAGAAUUCUCUUUAUUCCCUUUUUUUAAUACUUUUCUAAAAACAUCACUAUCUUUUUUUUUUUUUGUCCCAAGUAUUUUGUAAAAGUUAACAGAUUUGAUUCCUGGAUAUUGAAGGGUUUUGGUUUUGGCAGGAUACAUCCAGUUUAAUUAAUUAAAAUUGAUCUACAAAUGAUCAAACAGAGAAAUAAAAAGAAAAGAAUUUCAUAUUUAAUGGCGUCAUCUGCAUAAAAACCUGUUUUACACUGUUUUAAUAAUAGAAUUGUCAACAUACAAAUGAUUAUUCGGCAAAUUAAAUAGUAUUAUCUGCAUUCAUGUGCAUUGUUAUAAGUACAAAUUAGGGCCCGACCGAUUUAUCGACGAGCCGAUUAAAUCAGCCAAUUUCAGCCCGUUUGAGACUUAUCGGUAAUUGGCCAAAACUCACCGAUUAAAAAAUGUAAAAAUUGUCUGAUUAAUCGGUAAUCAGAUUAUUUUCCCCCCUAAUAAUCGGUAUUGGCAUCAGCCCCCAAAAAUCCAUAUCGGUCAGGCCCUACUUUUUUUUUUAAUAUUCAGUUUGUUUGUUUUUUUCUUUAAAAAACAAAACAAAAAAACAGAUAAACAGGAUGUUUUUUAUUGUUUUUCGCUCAGACAGCAGAGCUUCUCCUGCUCAGGUGGUGAACCAUGUGUCCAGACUGGUUUCUUCAUCUGGGCACACUGCAGGGCUCCAUAAUCUGCUGGGAGAUGAUGACAUUGAUAGGUUAAUAAAAAUAAAGAACACAACAAUAAUCAGAAUAAUCAGCAAGUUGCGUCCACAGAGCUGCAGUAACUGUUUCUGUUUCUAUUUCUCAGUAUCAUUGUCAAAGUGAAGGAGCAUGACGAGUUCUUUCCUGCUUUCCACGCCCUCAUUGUCAACAUUCUGGACAUUCUGGGUACGUAAAAAACUGUAAGGACUGAUGUAUGGUGGCGACUGUUUGACUCAGAGGCCUGCAUCUGAGGCAUGACGUACACUCAAUAACUACUUUAAAAAAAGGCCAGAUCAACACGUGUAUUACAGGUACAUUAGCACUGUUAAAAUAAUUUUCUAGACACUGAAUGGACAAUAUGUGUGUUAGAGAUGUGGUGUUCGCGAACAAGUCAGUAGUUUGAAUGGAUCUUUUAAGUGAACUAUAAGAACCCGUUCACAGUAGCGAGCUUUUUGUUUGCGAGCAGUCCUCAUAUGCAAAUUUCCCACGCUGCCUUCCUGUGUACCCUGUGUGCCCUAAACACCAGGUAGGGUAGUACAAUUUCACAGAAACAUUUUUAUCAUGUCUUAAUUCUUAUCAGUUAUUUAUAGCCUGUGCAGUUUUUUAGGUGGGGGGAAAUUUUUAAAUGUCUCACUGUAGAAGUAUGGGGAUAUGGCACCACCUAGUGUUUAAAAUAACAACACAAGCACAAUGAAAUGCAAAUCAAUAUUUCUGAAUAAUUCCCACCAAGAGAGUGUACAUUGAUGUAAUGUUUACCCCUGGUUGACUUUUAAAACAUAAAUAAAUAUAAUAUUGAGUGUGCCUGGGUUUAAAAUAUCAGGAUCCAUACUGAGAAUGUCAUUUGACAACAUAAAGGUUCAGACACUGUUUCUCUAUGAACUUUGAUCAAGCUUUGACUUUUCUGUACUGACAUGAAUAUAUAAACAGCUUUUAUACCUUUGUGAUGAAUUAGAAUAUCCUAUUUGAAGGUACAGUAAAUUAAUUACUUAUAAAACUGUUUUGGUUUGUGUGUUUCUUUCAGGUGUGAGUCACCUGGAGAACAUCCUACCUGCCCUAAAGUCUUUGAAACAAACAGCUGAAUAAGUGUGUGUGCAUGUUGCAUGUGUGUGUGUGUGUUUACUGAAAGUUAUUGUAAAUUUUGUUUUUUUGUUUUAAUAAAAAAAAAAGAUAUUAAAAAAAAAA